GCGUAAUAAAGUACUGAAGCCUCGAUAUGUCGAUUUAUAUAUCAGAUACAAUAGGACAUCACUGGGCGAAGUAUAUACUGAGAUAAUAUGUUAUUCUGAGUACCUAAGUUCAGUCGAGAGCCGGUGGCCGACAAGUGAGCACGUUGCACAGCGGCACAAAUAUGACAGCCACCCAAGUUGAAGUUUGAAGUCCUCACUCCUCAAAAUGGCGCACAGCACGAUACUCGCGUUCUACCUGAUAGCAACCGGCCUUACUUAUGGGUUCAAUGGGGACAGCUUCGAGCUGGAGUGCCCGGACGAAUGCGACUGCCACUACUUCAGGAUCAACUGGGUGACUGACUGCUCCGAGAGCAACCUGACAGAAGUGCCGUACGAUGAGCUGAGCCUGAGCGUCUACAUCCUCGACUUGAACGGCAAUAACAUCACCACCCUCAAGCCCUUCCCAGGCGACAUCAAAAUGAGAAGACUGCAGAUAGCCAACAAUCGCUUGACGAGGGUCGAUAAAGACGCAUUUAAAGGCUUGGAGUAUUUGAUAGAUGUCGACUUAUCAGGGAAUAACAUCAGUUACGUGGACCCUGAAGCCUUCCUGGAUGCUCGUGGGCUACUAAACGUGGAACUACAAGACAAUCCGCUGACGUCUGUGGAGGGGCCGUUCUUAGCAUCAUCCACCCUGCAAUAUUUGGAUAUCAGUUAUUGCAACUUAUCAUCAAUCAAUACGCAGUUCUUCGAUAACAUCACGACGCUGACAACAGUGGACCUGUCAGGCAAUCCUCUGAAAACACUGGAAGCGGGCAUGUUUGAUGUCCUGACUAGUUUGGAAACGCUAAAACUUAACGAUUGCAAACUCACUUCCAUAUCUGAAAACACAUUUGCAUCGGCAAUAAACAUCAAGUACCUCGAGCUAUCCGGCAAUCAACUGAUCAACACGGACUGGCCUGAAGUGCUCGGGAAACUGCUCAGACUAGAGUACUUGAACUUGAGGAAAUCUGGCCUCACCUCCCUGUCCGAGGACACGUUCUCAAAUUGCACCAAUUUGGUAACACUCAUUUUAGCUGACAACGAAUUACGUGACUUAGAUGUUGCGACCACAUUGGGUAACAGCGUCACUCAUCUGGAAUUAUUAGAUUUGUCCAACUGUAAUAUUCAAGGACCUAUAUCCGGAGAAACAUUCACAAACGCAACAAGAUUGAAGACUUUGUAUCUAUCUGGAAAUCCGCUAGUAGCCGCCGAUUUGCAAGCAGCAUUGGAGCCUCUGCCUAAACUUGAAAAACUAUUCCUGAGCCACUGCGGUCUACGUGAUCUGCCAGACAACUUUAACGUUUUCGACAAUCUUCUUGAACUAGAUAUAUCCCACAAUCCACUUGAGAAUGUGUUUACUAAAUUAUUAGCACCACUAGAGAAACUGGAAUACCUGAAUAUGGGAUACAGUAAUCUCUCGUACAUAGGACCAGACACGUUCGCCAAGAUGGCUUCAAUGAAGCGGCUGGUACUCUCCGGUAAUGAUCUCUUAUCACUAGAAGCAGGACUUUUUGGAAAUCUCACGCAACUGACUACAAUAGAACUGGAAUUCUGUGGCCUGAAAAGACCAUUGAACGGAUUGGCAUUCUUCAAGAACUUGACAUAUAUGGAUCUGCGCGAGAUUCGACUCGGUGGCAAUCCUCUAGUAAUCCCAGCAUCGGGCCCCAUCUUCCCCAAACAAUUAUCUCAAGUAUCCAUCCUCGAUCUCAGUAACUGCAACAUAUCUUCACUGAACGUAGAUGCAUUCAAGAACACUGAAAAUAUAACUGACCUUAACCUCGGUGGAAAUCGUCUCAGGUCAGAAUUGGGAAGUUUAUCAUUCUUGGAGAGACUCCAUCACUUGGAGAAGAUAAACCUUGGCAGCAAUAAUCUGACAACGAUCGAUCCUGAGGUGUUUACACACAAUCCGAAGUUACAUUCACUGAACCUGCUGGACAAUCCGUUCGUGUGCGACUGUAAGAUCGCAGAAAUGUGGGACUGGGCGAACAUGAUCAAAGGAGACUUGGACGUCCUGGUUGGAGCUAAGAGCGCCGAGAAAGAUAUCGUCGUGAAAGGAAAUAAAAAGAAGAAGAACCUUUACUGCCAUUACAAUGAAACUCAACUUCGUAAUAUGACUACAAUGGUAAAUAAGACAGUGCCUGGCAGAAGACCGUUCGCGAAGCCUAGGGAACUAACUUUCGCGAAUAGAACUUGGGCUAAAUACGUGAGGGAGUCUGGUUGCGAGCCAGUCGUGAAGAUUCUGCGACCAGUAGCUUAUGUUGGCGAAAUUUAUGAUUACAAUCAAGCCACUCACAUCUCCACUGGUGUGACGAUUGUAGCUGUAAUGGCUUUAGGCCUAGGAGUCGCUUCGGUGCUUAUGACGAUAAAACUGUUCAGGAGAAAGAACGUAGUGGAUGCGGACACAGAAACAAAUAGAAAAGUCAGAUAGCAGUUGAAAUAUGACUUUAGUGUCAGUGUACUGCCACCGACCAAUUUAGAAGUUUAGUAACAUUUAUAAUUUAUUUUUGUACUCUCAUCUGUAAUAAUAGUCUCUUUAAGUAACAAAGUUUUAGUAAUGUUUCGAAUUUAUAUGAUCACUUAUUUAUGUUAUUUUACUAGUCACAUAGCUUCGAUUGAGGUCAUGAUUCUCAUGCGGUUUGUGAAGUUAUAGCUUAUGUUAAGUACCUAUCAGUAUUGAAUUAAUAAAAAGAAAUUCCCACAUAA